AUGUCUUAUCCAGAAAAGUUUCAAGGUAUUGCCAUAGUCAACCCUAAAGAUUGGAAAGCACCCCAAAAAAUAACCUACGAACUUAAACAGUUCGGUCCACGCGACAUCGACAUCGACAUCGAGAUUGAAUGUUGUGGUGUCUGUGGUUCUGAUAUACAUUGUGCAGCUUCUCACUGGGGUGAUAUUGGUAACGAUAUGGUUGUUAGUCAUGAAAUCAUCGGCAAAGUGAUAAAACUUGGUCCAGAUUGUAACACUGGUUUGAAAUUGGGUGACAGAGUUGGUGUCGGCGCACAAGCCUUUUCCUGUCUCGAAUGUGACCGUUGCAAGGAAGACAAUGAACCAUACUGUAGGAACGCCCUUUGGACAUACUCUAGUACUUAUCCUGAUAAAUAUAUCAGUAAAGGCGGUUACGCUUCACACAUUAGAGUCCAUGAACAUUUCGCUAUCCCUAUUCCUGAAGAACUUCCAAGUCAUUUGACAGCACCAUUAUUAUGUGGUGGAAUCACCGUCUUUUCUCCAUUAUUAAGAAAUGGUUGUGGACCAAACAAAAAAGUCGGUAUCGUUGGUAUUGGUGGAAUAGGCCAUAUGGGUGUUCUAUUGGCGAAGGCUAUGGGAGCAGAAGUAUUUGCCUUCUCUCGUUCGCAUUCCAAGAAAGAAGAUUCUUACAAGCUAGGUGCUGACCACUAUAUUGCCACUAAGGAUGAUGAAGGCUGGGAAGAAAAGUACUAUAACACAUUGGACCUAGUUGUCGUUUGUGCUUCAUCGUUAUNNNGAGAUAUUGAAAUUGAUAAAUUUGUCAAAGUUAUGAGAAUUGGGGGCACAAUCAUAUCAAUUAGUGCUCCAGAUAUGAGCGAAAAACUUACAUUAUCUCCACUAGGCCUUUUAGGUGUUAAGAUAGGAAACAGUGCCUUAGGGUCUAUCUCAGAAAUAAAAACAAUGCUUGAUUUAGUCGCCAAAAAGGGCGUUAAUUUAUGGGUAGAGACUGUUCCUAUUAGCGAAGCUGGCGUUAAUGAAGUUUUUGAAAGAAUGGAAAAAGGUGAUGUUAGAUAUAGAUUCACACUUGUGGAUUUCGAUAAGGAAUUUAAAUAA